AUGACGCAAUCGACUCGACAAAACGCGAUCGGCAGCGUGCUCAUAAACCAACCCCGCCCCGUCAUCGCGGGGGUAGCUGCUUGGCCUGUUGCCGCCGCCGCUGUCCGACGCCGCGUUCUCGAACGUUCCGGUCGCCUACAACUAUCCGGCAUCCAAGGCCGGCGAGGCCGACGUAGCCGAUCGAACUCCCCCACAUCCGGAAGCUACCCGACCUGGUUUCCCCUUCCUUCCACCAGCUGAUUCACGCGCUCGACGACGGGAGCGUCUGUCUAGGAACAAGAUGGAAGAGAGCAGAAUAGCUCGAAUUUCGGUCACCUGGAGGGGCAGACAGCUUGAUGUGGAUGCAGAUCCAAGCUGCACGGUGAAAGAAUUUGGGCAACUGCUGCAGGAUUUGACUAGUGUUAAACCUGAUACAUUGAAGCUAAACGUGCCACAGUCUACAAACAAAGGCUCCAAGUUGAUCACACCAUUUUCGGAUCCACAUUCAAGCCUGACACUGAAUGAAGCGGCUAUUAGUGAGGGAAAACCUAUUAGAAUGAUGGGUGUUUUUGAUGAUGAAAUCGAGGAAGUAUCUGACAAUGGCAAAAGGCCAGAUCUACGUAUAAUUGGAUUUGAUGAGGAAGAACAGCGGCAUAGGCAACGGUCAACAGGCAGGCCACAAAUUUCACUCAAACUUCCCCAGGGACAAUACAUCUUCUGUGAUUUUCGUACACUUCACUUGCCUGGGAUUGAGCUGAAUCCUCCACCUUCGGAAGCCCUGAAAAGGAUGCACAUGCUUGCAUGUGACCCUGGUAUAAUUGCGAUCAUGAACAAGCAUAAAUGGCGAGUUGGAAUCAUGACUGAAAUGGCUCCUGUCGGAUAUGUAGGAGUCAGUCCGAAAUGCAUUUUAGGCUUCAAUAAGAACAUGGGGGAGGAAAUAUCUCUUCGUCUACGAACAGAUGACUUGAAGGGAUUCCGGAAGUAUGAAAGUAUCAAGAAGACUCUACUUCAUGAACUUGCGCAUAUGGUGCACUCUGAGCAUGAUGCAAACUUUUUUGCUCUUAAUAAGCAGUUAAAUGAGGAAGCUGCUUCAUUGGACUGGACCAAGUCUAGAGGUCAUAUGUUGAAUGGUCGCAAAGUCUUUGAUUAUUAUGAAGAUGAAUUUGUUCUGGAACCAGGUAUAACUGUUUCUGGUCACAUGCUUGGGGGAGAGUUAAGUUCGCUGGCUAGUGCUCGUGCGUUGUCCGGGGCUGCUGCUUAUCAGCGUUUCUUAAAUGCAUCUGCAAAGGAGGACCAUGUAUCAGGCACUGAAACUGAAUAUAAUCCAGUUGGUGUUCCUCAAGAUUUUUUUCAGGGAACUGUGAAGGUAGAGCCUGAUCCAGAUGAUGCUAUGCAUAUUGAUUCAGCAAUGGGUUCUAGAUCAGUGGCAGGACAACAUACUAUUGGCUACUCUGAGCCUAAUGGUGUUGGCAAGCAAAGUUCUUUUGGUUGCCUAGAACCUGAUCCUGAUGACUCUCAAAAUGUUAAUAUUUUGAAUCAGGAGCUGAGGUUUGAUGGAAGACACCAUAGUGAACCUGAUCCUGAUGAUGGUACUAAUGGAUUCGUUCUGGAAUCUGGAAACAAGAUGGAAGUGGAUAGUGAACUGACAAACAGCACCACAGUUUUGAAGUCUGAGCCUGACCCUGAUGAUUCCUUAAAUACUGUUGUCAAUCAGAAGUUGGUCAUUGAUGGGAAGCAUGGUGAAGAACCUGAUCCUGAUGAUACUACUUGUCUAAUUGUUCCAAAAUCUGGAGAUGAGACACAAGUGAUAACAGAGCAGAGUAGAAACUCCAAAGUUUUGAAGUUGGAACCUGAUCCUGACGAUCGUUUUAGAGAUUUAAACAGCAAUGAGCUGCAAAGGAUCGAAGAACCCGUGGCAGCUCUCUGUGCACGACUCCAGAAGUCCAUUGAAAUGCUCCGGUUGCAAGCAACACCUACAGAGGCAGAGUCUGCUAUUCAAACACUUUUUAAGAUUAUCAAGAAUGUGAUAGAGCACCCAAACGAUAUUAAGUAUAAGAGAUUGCGUAAGUCCAAUCCACAUUUCCAAAGGAGUGUAGCAAACUAUAAAGCUGCAAUGGAGGUCCUUGAAUUGAUCGGCUUCUGUGAGGAUGUCGUCUCAGAUGAGAUUGGGCGUGCAGAGACUUACCUGGUGUUGAAAAGGAACGAUCCUGGAUUGUUAUGGCUGGCAAAGUCCUCACUUGAAGGAUCCCUGGCUUGAUAAAAGUUGAUACCAAUGGUUGUUGUUUUCUCUGUGGAUAUAUUGAGCAAGAAACUUAGCUAUUGGAAUGUACUGUUUUCCUGUAUAGGCAUAAUUGUAUACGUGUAUAUGAACACCCAAGAAUGGAAUGCUGCGCUCAUAACUUUCUUUUCUUAUCUAUGCCUUGUCUUGACUGGCUUGCAAUCCCAUGCGAUGUACUGAUGAAACCUAGCCACAUGUCAGCAAGGUACCAAGAAGACAUACAUGAAGCCUUGAAUUGCCAGAUUAUUCUGCAGCCAGGCCAGUGUAUAUCUGACGAUGGAGCAAUUUUCACUGUGAGCUUCCUAUAUCUCCAUCUCUUGUGCUCUUGAUAGUUGAUAUGCAAAUACGUGCUAUUUGUAGUGUA